AUGCAUUUCUCCGCCGCUUUCAUCCCAGCUCUCGUGCUAUCUAGCACUGCGCUCGCCGGUACUACCGCCCAGCCUAGUGCUCGCGAGGCUGGGCAGGAUGCCACAUCCGUUGCUCAUGUCCAGGAAAACUUUACCCAGACUGUAAACGUUGUUCCUAGCACAUCGGAGAGCCCAGUAGUUCACCAUGCAGUUCCAACGGCCGAUUCCAGCAGUAACAAGAACGAUGAUGAUGUCCUUGCCGAUGCGCCUUCUCCUAGCUCAGCGCUGCCGUCACAGAAGAGCAAGGAUGCCCCCCCAGAGCACGGCAAGAGAACCUGCAGACUCGAAUGA